GCACUUCGGAUUUCACAUCUUCAGCAAAGAUAAUCUCAAUAACAAUCAACGACAUAGAUAUUGUGGUCUGCAUCUGAAAAAGCCAAAUUAACUAGGCUUCAUUACUCUUCAAACCAGGCCCAUGAAAAGCCCACCUCAAGCCCAUCUCCGCCCAAAGCCCAAUGGGCCUAAACCCCCGUCAUGCAGCUUUAAAUUCGCGCUCCAGACCCUCCCACACUUGUCGCAUCCAUUCCGCCGCUCCACUCCGCUGCCGCCGCCCGCUAGGGUUUUACCGCACCACCAUGGCCGCUGCCGCCGCCGCCGCCGCCCGGAGGCUUCUCUCCCGCCGCGCCUCCUCGUUCUCGGUCCCCACGCUCCUCCGCCGUGGGCCGGCGGCGGCUGCCCCUGAGCAGCAGCUGCUGCUGCGCCCGGCCGCCGCUGCCGCGGUGGCGGCCUCUCGCCUCGGCUUCCCGCGCUGGAUGGCGCGGCGGCCGGGUGGGGACGGGUACUCCCCGAUGCGGUCCGGCGGGGGUGGGGACCGCGCGCCGACGGAGAUGGCGCCGCUGUUCCCGGGCUGCGACUACGAGCACUGGCUCAUCGUGAUGGACAAGCCCGGCGGGGAGGGCGCCAGCAAGCAGCAGAUGAUCGACUGCUACAUCCAAACCCUUGCGAAGGUCCUCGGAAGCGAGGAGGAGGCGAAGAGGAAGAUCUACAACGUCUCAUGCGAGAGGUACUUCGGGUUCGGGUGCGAGAUCGAUGAGGAGACAUCCAACAAACUCGAAGGGCUCCCUGGUGUUCUCUUUGUGCUCCCGGAUUCGUAUGUUGAUCCUGAGUACAAGGACUAUGGAGCUGAGCUCUUUGUUAAUGGGGAGAUUGUUCAGAGGCCUCCGGAGAGGCAAAGGAGGGUCGAGCCUGUGCCCCAGAGAGCAGCAGAUAGGCCUAGGUACAAUGACAGGACCCGCUACGCACGGAGGAGGGACAACCAACGGUGAGAAAGGUGAUCCAUCGAUCGUGGACUUCGUGGACAGAAUAACAUCUACUGAAUGGACAAUCUUCCAGUUGCAUGUUCACUUUAUGCAGUCUAGUCUUUCGUUUGUGGGUGCUGGUUAAUGGUGAUCGCCCAACUUGGAAGUAUUGUGCUCUGUAAUUACUAGAGAUUGGAAGAACCUGGCCUGGGAAUGCACGGUUACUACAGCUAUUUGCACUUGUAAAUUCAUUUCGUGAUCGAAACUGCGACUUUCUACAGGCUAAGAAGACUUGAAUAGUUCCUUGCUCCUUAAA